AUGGCCGCUCGCUGGAUUAAUCCCAUCCGUCCGUCGGCCAUUAUCCUGACGGCCGUCCUUCUCUCGAUCUGGACCGUACGAUCCGUAUCCCGAGAGAUCCGCCCGUCCGACCACGGCCUCCCGUUCCAGAAGCCCCCGUCGAAAACCUCGCCAGCGAUGGCGGCGUUCUUCAAGGGCACACCGUCGUCGUCGUCGCAAGUGGCGUUGCCGGAGGCGAGGAAUUCCAGCGAUCCGUACUGGGGGAGAGGGAAUCUGGAGCACGGGAAGCGGGAGGGCGGCGGUCACGUGAGGGGGGUGCUGCUGGUGGCGAGUCUCACGUGCGGGGCUGUAGGUUUCACUCUCAUGCUCGCAGCUGCCUUCGUCUAUCUCUUUCAGGUUCGGAAGUCUAAGUAA